AUGUUUUUCUCGACCCGUUCGGCGGCGAAAGCCGAGAAUUUGCCCGGUUACAAGAUAUGGGCGAAGACGACGAUUUGCGGUCAAGUGCUAUGGAUGGAUAAAGUUGACGGGCCCCAGCUCGACGCCCUCCGCACCCGUUUCAGAAUCUGGGAAAAUCUCACUCCCUGGGCACUGGUCAAAGAACUGGUCGACACCACUGCUUCUGCAGAUCAGCUCCCACUCAUGGUCAAGAAUGUCGACAUUGCAGAACGGUGUGAACUAUAUGCCCCAGAUGUCCACCCUGGCAACUAUGGGGGUGGGAAAUUCUCGGAUCUUGGGGUCGCAAAAGUCAUGCCGUAUCCUCGUCUCUACUGGCCGGCUCUCUGUUAUGAAACCUUUUUUGAGCGAACGCGAAACAGACUGUAG